CUGGAAAGCGGUGCGGCAUUUAGUCCGUGCGCCGGAUAAACUCACCCGUAUAAGGUACAGGGGGAAAAAACGCGCACUUCGCAUGGACAAAAGGACUCACAGACACCUGUGAUUUGUCAUACUGUACCUGAUACGAGAAGCAGCAGUUAUUCGCAGUAAGUUCCUCUAAGCUGCUCAACAGGAUUGUUUCCUUCUACCACUCCUUCUCAAAAGAGUAUGUGGCUCCUGGAGAAGAUCCGUGGCUCCGUGGAAGGCAAUGUUCUCCGUCAUCGGGACUCAGGAGACAACCAGUCCAAAGGGCCGACCCACAGCAAUGUGCUCACGCCUGAUAAGAUCCCUGACUUUUUUAUCCCACCCAAGUUGGUGUGCUGCCCCCCUGAGGCAGAUACUCCAGAGAUGAAGCCCAAGAAUGGGCUGCACUCCUCCACAUCCGAGCAGACCAUCUGCAGCAAGACGCCUCAGGGUGGCUCACGCAGCCCACGCCUCAUCUGCAAGCUCACUGGGGACACCAAGAACUUGCUCAGGGCUGCCAACCGCCACAUUAUCCAGAUCGAGAGUGCCGAUGACUUAGCAGUGGGUGAUGGUGACCUCACCACCAAUGCUGACCCUCAGUCCCAAACAGCCAUGUCCUUGCCCUAUGUACCCAAAGCGCAGACCUCCUAUGGUUUCACCACAUUGAUGGAAAGCCCUCACACCCGUCGCAAGGAAUCACUAUUCCACAGUGACCCCACUAGUCCGCUUACGUCCCCCAAUUCUCAGCGCAAGACACAAGGCAACAGCAACCACCUCAACCCAGGUGACUGCAAUACCUCGCAUUCCAACCCAUAUCGCUACUUCAGUGGUGGUGAGAGUGACACAUGCUCUUCAGCAGAGUCAUCACCGUUCAGUUCGCCCUUGCUCUCAAGGUCGGCCUCGCUUCUCAAAAUGUUCACCCAUGAGACCCAGGCUAAAGUGUCGCGUGCUAAACGAUCGUUCGCCCGCCACAGCUCUCUCUCAACAGACGAUUGCAGCUCAGUGGAGUCCAGUCCCAACAUCCAGCGGCGCUUCAGAUGUCCACCGUCGCCUGCGUUUGGAAGCCGCAAAGCAGGCGCCAACAUCGAACGGCUCACCCAGCACACGGUCAAACUACACAAAGGUGGUACACUGCGUAUGUGCACAGACUACGACACGGAAGCCGCGCGGCUCCGGGUGCGUGUGCUCGCCGCUGAAGACCUUUACGAGAAGCAGGUCGACGUAAAGAGCAUCAAUUGCUGUGUAGCUCUCUACCUGAACCCAGGCAAACUGCAGAAGCAGAGAAGCAACAUCAUCAAAAACAGCCGCAAUCCCGUCUUCAAUGAGGACUUCUUCUUCGACUCCUUGCCUGCUGCACAGGUCAAGAACCUGGCAAUAAAGAUGAAAGUGGUCAACAAAGGCACCAGCCUGAAAAGGGACACAUUGCUUGGGGAGAGGGAGGUGCCCCUUAAAGAUCUGCUGCCUGGCUUUUAGUGGGAACAGCAACAGACUCCAGUGAACAGGAAGUACACUCAGCCUGGACUGAAAUCCAGAGCAAAACAAAGUGUCCACUAUAAUGUUUCUUUUUCCUUUAUCUUGCUGUAAGAGGUGACCUUUCCUGUUUGAAGACUGAGAGCGUGUUAUUGACAAGGGUUCUGUUUGUGCACAUGUAGUGAGUGUAUGUUUGGGGUGUGUCAGUAUUUGAACUGUACAUAAAGCUCUCUGUAAGUGUCCUUUUAGAAGUGCGUGUGUGGUUUUGUGUGUGUGUGUGUGUGUGUGUGUGUGUGUGUGUGUGUGUGUGUGUGUGUGUGUGUGUGUGUGUGUGUGUGUCAGGCUCACUAUGGCAACUCAUGUCUGAAGCCAGCGAACAUCUGUACAGCUGGCGAUGCAGCUACUCUGCACUGUGCACAUGUACAAAGAGGCUUUGAAGUGCCACAAUGGCAAAUGCAAAUGCAUGUUUGAUAUCUGGUCUGAAAUUGUACAACUUAUGUGCGUGAUAAAGAACUUUGUAUUUUGCUAUCACUGUAGUGCCAGACUUUUCCUGUAAGGCUUUUCUUUAUCACUUUAUCACUGGAGCAUGUGAGUGAGCUUCGUGUUGAAUUGUUCUUGCAUGUAGCUUGUUUGGUUCUUUAGCAGGUAGAUUUCUGUUUAUUUUCACUGAGGAGUUUUAUGGGACAAAUUCACCCUCCAGCCUUACGAACCAGACAAGCUGCACAUCACAAAAGGAACACCUGUUCAUCUGACUUACUGUAUGACAUUAAUUGAUUGCUGCUGUAAAUAACUGCCUAUCCUUGUUGUACAUGUGUAGGACAGACCUACAGUAUACUUGAGUACAGUAUUUGCACAAAUGUCUUGGCAUGUUUGUUAAAUUUCAUGUGCACACCUGAGACAAACUUGCCCAGAUAAAUGCAUAAGCUUUUUUUCUUACCACUUGUUGAACUCCUUGACUAAAACGGAUCAGACGAUCGUUAACAAAUAUAUAAAGUAAUGCCAAUAUUUAUUAUACUGUUUUAUGGAUUUGGGAUUUAUACUUUUUUAGUGUAGCUAAUUCUAAAUCCUUAUUAUAAAUCAUCUUAAUAGCAUCAGUGUAAUGGGCUGAAAAUGGCCACGGGUCAGUGUAAGCCUUCUUAUUUUUCAUUUACAGAGCCCUGUGAGCUCUUUAAUCUAAUUAGCAUUUAGGAGUCUCUGCAGUAUAGCGUGAAUGAAGGCUAAAGCUGCUGCGCAAUGGUUGUCCGGUAGAGAAUAGCACUUCUCUUUUUUUGUUUUGUUUAUUCUUUGAAUAUUUAAAAUGGAAUAUCUAUCAAACAACCUAAUUUAAACUUGCCUGUUAGAACUCCUGAUGGUUUGAACUGUGGGAGACAUGUUUUUGGUGCUAGAGGUGUUGGUAUUGAGAGAGAGAGAGAGAGAGAGAGAGAGAGAGAGAGAGAGAGAGAGAGAGAGAGAGAGAGACAGAGAGAGAGAGACAGAGAGAGAGAGAGAGAGAGAGAGAGA